AUGGGAGGCAAGGCCUUCGCUCACGCGGAUCCUCCUCUGGAGACACCUCGAAUGCCUCACGCGGCAUAUCUUGAGGCUAAAAACACGGUCAUUCGACGGCUAAGUGAGAAAUUUCACUGGAUUAAUGUUCCGAUGGAAGGUCCCGGAAAGAAAGACCACGGUGACGUCGAUGUCCUCGUAUGCGACAUGAACGGAAUCGAUAUCUUCAAGGAGAGUGUCCUUGAUGCCAUCUCUGAUGCCCUCGGCGCUGAAUCCAGAAUCAUUGAAGGUGGUUCUAGUCACUUCGCUGCUCACUUCGCUAUCCCAUGGCCCGAGCAUAUCCCUAUUCCCCAGGCACAGGGAAAGGCAACUCUUCUUCCGCCGAUUGUGUCCAUCACUCCUCCGUCUCCUCCGGGCCUUUCUGCUCGUUCUUCUCUUACCAUCACUCCUGGAAACCUGUUUAAGCCUUCUGGCGCUACUCCUACAGUUCCUGCCCCCAGCAAUACCACUGACAAACCUCCCCUGGACUCAACUUUACCUUCCCCCUUCGGUCCACACCCUAACCCCCUCGGUUCAAACCCUGCUCUCUACAUCAAGGAAGCCUCUGGUCCUGCCGAGGAGGACUCAAAAUCAAAGGAACAAACCGACGCUGCAGUUGCUGAUUCACAGACCAAGCCCUCAUCCAACGAUUCUGAUGGCGUUAGUAUCACCUCUUCAGAGCGUAGUCAAGCAUCUGCUGCAACGGCUCCUGUGACUGGCAAAUGGGGAACCAUUUCUUAUAUCAAGAGAAAAAUGAAAACCGGCGGCUCGUCCUCUCGUUCAUUUUCAUUGUCUGCAAUGUUCAAGCGUGGCAAGUCAGGCCGAGAUUCUGUUGCAUCAAACUCUACCCGCGGAACUCUUGAAAAGAUCAAUAGUUCCUUUUCAGAACCUGGUGCUACCCUUCCAGCUGUCACUGGAACUGGACCUUUCAAAAUCAAGAGAAAGACUGUCCCAAAGUCGAUCCUGACUGAUAACCCUUUUAUUCCCCUCCCUGCGGGCCCUGUCCACGAUAACCCAUUCCGAGAUCCUCCCCGCGUCUUCAUUCAGGUUGACGUCCGCUACUGUCUUUCCAAGAAGCAAGCUAAGUACUUGCGCUUCUUCCAGUCACACGGCGACUUGUGGCAAAUCCUGGGAUCCAUCAUUCGUCCCUAUGGUCUUACCGUGGACGACAAAGGUCUUCACAUCCGGGUGCCAGAAGGAGAACUGAUCAACCGUAAGAAAGCUAAGGUCCUACUUACAAGCAAGCCCGAUGACAUCCUGAUGUUCCUUGGACUUCCUGUUGCUGAAUACUGGCGUCCCUUUGCUACCACCGAGGCUAUGUUUGAAUACAUCAUCAAAUGUCCCAUGUUCUCUUUGCCUCGCUACAGCACCUUCGAGGAAGAGAUAGGUCUCGGCACUGCUAAUGAUCGUCGCCGCAUGGCUUCGCGUCCUGUCUAUCGAGAAUGGACGCAGGAGUUCAAGCCUCGCCUCCGAGAGAAAGGUCUGUAUUUCGAGAACUCUUUGACCCGUGAUGAAAUCAGGGAGAAGGCUUUCAAUACUUUCCCGAUAGAAUCUGAGUACCACACCCGAGUCCAAGGAUUCAUCCGGGACCAACAAAGACAGGCGCUCCGGAAGUACAUCAAGUCGCAGGUCCCCGGAGCGGAGGACAACCACCCCGAGGCUGUUAAAAGACGAUCCAAGACAAUUAAGGCCAUGUCCUCCAUCGUCCUUGACGGCAUCGAUGCUUCCGAGUUCGGAAUCUCCGCUCCGUCCUACCUUCUCCGGGGAAACGGGACUUGGGACAUGCAACGCACCGAGGAUUGGAUCCGUACCAAGGUGCACUUCGUCGGCCGCUACGCCAACAUGAGCGCGGCAGAAAAGGAGAAGUUGAGAUCAGGAGCGGCCAAGAGGAGGGAAGAGCGCGGCUAGGGUCGUCGCCGCCAAACUCUCAACGAUGUCCCUGAGACCCAGUCCGAGGAGCCUGAGCCACUCCCGGACCAGCUCCCCCUGAGACUGGCUCAACUCAACCUCGGCAACAGCAAGUAGACUGGCUUGCCAACCC